AGAAUCCUAGAAUCCUAAGUUACAGUUACUGGAAUUCUUUGGGAUAUGAGUUUAAAGGCAACUAUUGUCUUCAGUGUCAUUCUAUCAAGAUGAAGACAUCCACAUAAAGCAGACACAGGGAGCCACAGACUUUGAUACAUCAAUGAGAGAAAUUCUGCACUAGCUCAUCCACAUUCGACUUCCUAUGACUAUCACCAUGCAUGUCCUCUUCAACAUUGUCCCGAGACUCUUACUUUUCUUUGCACUGAUAGCCACAGUUGCAUCCAUGGAGUGUGAAAUUUGUGAAAGUGAAGGCAUCACCUGUUCUGGCAGGUUGGAGAAAUGUCCUUCUAAGAAAGACGUGUGUAUCCAUGCAGUGGUUAGAAGUACUAUAUUUGGAAACACGUCUAUGAACACCAUUAAAAACUGUGGAAAUCUUGACAUGUGCGGUUCUCCUGCAGUUGUGUUGAGUAUGGGAAAACAAACAACCUACAUGACGUCUUUGGUCUGUUGCAAAGGACGAGAAUGCCAAAAUAUUUCUCCUCAAAUACCAAUAACAGAGUUCAUGCUCAAUGGAAAAAAAUGCCCUGCGUGCUACACUGCUUUGGGAACAUGUGACAAGAACAGCACCGUGGCAUGUAUUGGAUCACAGGAUUUCUGUUUUGAUAUGUCCGCAUUACUAAGGCUUGGUGGAAAGGAUAUGACAUAUACCAUGAAGGGUUGUACAACGCAGGCUGUCUGUGCUUCAUUAUCAAGUAGCCGGGCUCUAGUGUUGGGAGAGGCCAUCAUUACAAAAAUUGAAUGCACACCUGAUCCACUUCAUGGGUCAGCCUCCUCUAAGUUCUUCCAACCACUCUUCUACGGGCUCCUGCUGCUGAAGACUCUCUUGUAAACGAUGUUUUUGCAAGAUUGUACCAACUAAACAAUUAGUCACUCCUUGACUGAAUCCACAUGUUUUCAGUUUACCGUGCUGCUUAGACAUCCAGGUGGAGUUUCUCUGCUUUCAUCAGUAAAAAUAAACUCCAAGUGUAAAACCAA